UAAUCUUUAGAGUAAAUUAAAGUAAUGAAUAAGCAUAUUCCAUAACCUUCUUGACUAAAUUCCCACGGAGAGGAGGACCAAAAUUACUUAUGAUCAAACCUAAGCCAAUGUCUCCAUUUCAAAUUGUGUGCUGCACCUACCACUGGUUUACGCUAACAGCAAUUGGAGAAGCUUCGCAAUAAAAAAGAGAAGUAGAAGUGUAGAGAAUUUGUUUGAGAGAGAUAAAUAUGGAUGGCAAAUCGAGACUGACAGGUAGAAGCAGUGCAGAGGAUGUUGAAUGCCGUGAUGAAUUGAUUACUGAGAUACUUACUAGGGUUUCAACAAAAGAUUUGCUUAAGAUGUCCACAGUGGUAAAGAGAUGGCGCAACCUCAUUUUUGAGCCAGAUUUUGCUCACACCCAUUAUAAGAACUGUCAUCAAGAAUCAAUUUUCAUUUACAUCGAGCAAUUACCAGUGCCACGACGUGUGGUUAGCUUUCAAUUCCGCACCCACAAAACCCAAUCGGGUAACCUUUCACGUGUUUCUCUUUCUUUGGAGAGAAUAGAUAGUUUUUUUUUUAAUAGGAGUACACGUCUACUUGCUUCAUCGAAUGGGUUGAUGUGUUUCUGUACAUUUGUGACACCGGAGAAGAUCCUAGAGUUUUUAGUGUACAACCCCGUGACAAAGAUUUUGAAAAUUUUGCCACUGCCUCCUUUCAUAGAUAAGCGGAGCAUGACUUUCCCAUUUAUAAUUGGCAUUUGUCCUCUGCAGAGCACUGGAAAAUUGGUGAUAGGAGGCUUCUCUCUCGAUGAGGACGACACAUAUACCCUGGUAUUUGAUUCUCAAUCAGAUUCGUGGUAUAAGGGUCCACCUGUGGCUUUAUUUUACGAUAAUAACAAACCUAGAAAUUCUUCUCGGCAUACAGUCUUUUUAAAUGGUGUUAUUUAUUUCCUUGUUAGAACCCCAAGCAUAGAUGUUCAGGAAGGGCAAGGAUCUAGAGAUGUGGAUGCCUUAUUUAGAGAUGAAGAUGGUCUUUUUUACAAGAUUAUAGGUUAUGACGUGAAUCAAGACCAGUGGUGUUUUUCUGUUUUCAUUCCUACCUCGGUAAGUUAUCCAUAUUGCCUCUUUGAAUGGAAGGGAAAACUAUUCAUCUUAGCAUCUAAUUCUACCCACGAGGAAAACCUAUUUGUACUGGCAGCAAGUUCCGCCCAAGACCGCAAACGGAAAAUUAGGUAUGGCUGCGAUGAGGGUGAUGGGCAUUUUGUGUUCUGGAUAUUGGAUACCGAACAAAAUCUUUGGACACGAGAUCGGGAGUUGGAUUUAUCACAUGAGAUUCACAAUUCCUGGGAGGUAUUUGCCAGCGGUGGUGUGGUAUGGUUUGCAAAAGGUUACAAUUCUGUAAUAGUUUACCAUAUGAAGACCAGACACUGCUCAACUCAUCGACUAGGUGACGGUCCUUCUUGGCAGAAGCUUAAACAUAUUCCAUGUGUAGCUUUUGAGCCUACUCUUUUGUCAUUCUGAAACUUUUGUGAAUUUGGGAGCCUGGUAACAACUUUGGUGCUGUAUGCAUUCAAGAAAUAUUAUUUUUCUUUGUGACAAAUAGCCUUUUUAUAAUUAGUGUACUUGAAAAACACUUUUGAGCCCAGUUGCUGGUUGUCUGAUUCAGUUGAAUGCAAUUGUGAAUUGUAAGCACUGUCAAAGUGUAGCAGAGCCAGCUCCUCCUGGAUUGGUUGUCUAUUUUUGUACCAUUCACACAUGGUCUGCAUUGCUAUUUUUGUGUUUUAUGAAAUCCUUCGUCUCUGCGGCACAAAUUUGGGCUUAUGCAGAAGAUAGCAAAAUUUGUAAUCAAAAUUUCUGUAUAGUGCUGAUAAAGUUUAAUAGUUCUUCUGUGUU